GUUCCAACAGGGCAAGGGGCAGGCAUACAGCAAAAGUGCAAAACCGCAACCUGUCUUCCUGAUCAGUAACCUACCAAAUUCCGAUACAAAAACCACGCUCCUUCUUUCAUCUCCCCAGCUACCUGCUACACAACCCUAAUCACAAUAAUUGAUUUCUUUCAAAAGAUCAUUCCCCUCCCCUUCGCAAUCACCGCUCGAUUGCUUCCCCCUUUCUUUAUUGGUUAAAAGAGACCACGCGAUUGAUUAGCAAGAAGCUUAAUUCGCAAACAUUCCGAGGUUCUUUUUUUUGUUCUUCGGUUGAAUUGGACUCGCAAUCUCAAACGGUUACUACCCAAUCCGUGGCAUCUCUUUGUUGCCUGAGAAGGAAGGAAGAGUCCGACAGGCGACAAUAAAGGGCAAGUGAUGUGUUAGUGUACAGCUUAUCAGUUACUUAUAGUCAAGUAAGCUUCCCUUUUCUGCAUAUGUCGAAUGAUCCGGUGGAAUUUUCAGCAGCUACAUGGGAUUGAUGGAUGAUGUUGCUUUUGUUGCAUUUUCUUGUAUGCUUUUAUUGCACUUGGCCCUGAAACCCACCAGCAGAGCCAGAGUAUAUUAGGAGGUGUUGCUGCACCAAAAGAAACAAGAGCAAUGGCGGAAUUGGUUGGGCCAAGGUUGUACAGUUGCUGUAAUUGCAGGAACCAUGUUGCCCUUCACGAUGAUGUCAUUUCCAAGGCUUUUCAGGGAAGACAUGGACGAGCAUUUCUAUUCUCGCACGCGAUGAAUGUUGGCAUAGGGGCGAAGGAGGAUAGGAACCUAAUGACUGGUCUCCACACAGUUGCUGAUGUCCACUGCAGCGACUGCCGAGAAGUGCUUGGCUGGAAAUAUGAACGAGCUUACGAAGAGACACAGAAGUACAAAGAAGGCAAGUUCAUUCUUGAGAAGUCCAAAAUCGUCAAGGAGAAUUGGUAGCACUCCCCAAUCCGGAUAAAUAAGUAAAAGAAACCAGCACAUCAUCAUCUGUAUUAUAUAUAUAUAGCUUUGCUUUCUUCCUUGUGCUGCUGAUAUCAGCUAGUUAUAUUUGUUUGUUACUCUGUAUGUGAAUUGUGAAGAGAAAUGGGGAGGAGGAGAAGGAACGAAAAGGAAAGGAAGCUCAACAAUUGCAAAUAUAGGCUUCCUUCCUGUACCCUCCCAUGAAAUCAAUGUGCAGUUAUUUUCCCACCAUGUUUUGUGCUGUGUGCCUCAGUAACCUCCUGAAUGUUGACUGUCCUAUUUCGGUUGCUGGUAAAUGAAUGGAUUGGAAUCAGAUUUCAUGUG